UGUCAUGACCUUUUUGGGUUUGACAGAGCACUUGCAAUGUCCUUGUUAGAAAGCAGGCUGUCUAGUGAGUGACCAUUAGUGGGGAAGAGAAAGAAAAAAACAUGGAAUAAAUUUUUUUUAAAAAUCUUCUUAGACCUUAUUCAUGAAUAAACAUCUUUAAUUUCCUGUAAAGAAGAUGUUACGGGCCGGACCUGCUGUUGCCUGCAUGGCGUGCAGGAAUCUUCUCCCCUCCAGAUUGGGGGGAAUUCGGUUCGGCGUCCCGCUGCAGAAGCUACACCCCCUGUCACGUGCCAUCCACCAGUGCUACUCUGCCAACACCACCCCUCAGAGACCCCCUCACCGCCAUUACACCUCCCUCUCCAGACUCCCCGUGCGGCCCCCGAGGUCUCGGUCGGGACACGGCUACCAGCAGCAGCGCUCCUUCUGGGCGGCACGUCUGGCGGCUCGGCUGCUGAAGCUGCGCUACAUCCUGCUGGGAUCCGCCGUCGGAGGAGGCUACACCGCUAAGAAGACAUACGACGAGUGGAAGGAAAUGCUUCCCGAUCUGAGCGAGUACACGUGGAUCGUACCUGACUUCGUGUGGGAGCUCAGCGAAAAUAUCGAUUUAGAGAAGCUAGCGAGCGCGUUGCCUGAAAUGGAGGAGAUCGCUAAGCUGCUGCCGGACUUCGAGAAGAUUGGGGAGAACUUCACUUUCCUCAAGAGCCUGCUGUCCAGUGGUGUGAAUAGUGCAGUCAUUGGAGCUUCUGAUCUGCGUCUGUUGUUAGAAACGCCAGGUGAGCCAAACCUGAACGCACCCGACAUCCAGCCGACGGCAGCUGGCGCUGAAAGCAGUGACAAGUUUAAGAAGCAGGGGCUGCUCGGAGAACUCAUUCUCAUUCAGCAGCAGAUCCAGCAGCACGAGGAAGAAGUUCGGCGGGCGGCGGCCAGUAACGAGCCCCGCCCAGGCCGUGCUCAGACUCCGCCCCCCAGCCAGGCCCCGAAAUUCCCCCACAAGUCUUCGGAUAAAGAGAAAGUCGACCAGCUGCAAGAGGAGCUCCUUCGCACACAGCUGAAGUAUCAGCGGAUGUUGGAGCGCCUGGAGAAGGAGAAUAAAGAGCUGAGGAAAGUGGUGCUGCAGAAAGAUGACAAAGGCAUUCAUCAGAGGAAAGUCAAGAAGUCGUUGAUUGACAUGUACUCUGAAGUCCUGGACAUUCUUUCAGAUUAUGAUUCCAACUACAACACUCAGGAUCACCUGCCAAGGGUGGUGGUUGUAGGCGACCAGAGCGCAGGAAAGACCAGCGUGUUGGAGAUGAUCGCUCAGGCUCGGAUCUUCCCUCGAGGCUCGGGAGAGAUGAUGACCAGGUCUCCCGUCAAGGUGACGCUGAGUGAAGGCCCUCAUCAUGUGGCCAUGUUCAAAGACAGCAGCCGUGAGUUCGACCUGGGAAAAGAAGACGAUCUGGCAGCACUGAGGCGUGAGAUUGAGCUGAGGAUGAGGAAGAGCGUGAAGGACGGCCAGACAGUCAGUCCUGAGACGAUCUCAUUAAGUGUGAAAGGCCCGGGGAUCCAAAGGAUGGUUCUAGUGGACUUACCAGGAGUGAUCAGUACGGUGACCACUGGAAUGGCUGCAGACACCAAGGAGACCAUCUUCAGCAUCAGUAAAGCGUACAUGCAGAACCCAAACGCCAUCAUCCUGUGUAUUCAAGAUGGAUCAGUAGAUGCAGAGCGCAGUAUAGUCACUGAUCUGGUCAGUCAGAUGGACCCUCAGGGCAAGAGGACCAUUUUUGUCUUGACCAAAGUGGACCUGGCCGAGAAGAACCUUGCGAGCCCGAGCCGAAUCCAGCAGAUCAUUGAAGGCAAGCUGUUUCCUAUGAAAGCUCUGGGCUACUUCGCUGUAGUGACUGGAAAAGGCAGCAGCAGUGAAAGCAUCGACUCUAUUAAAGACUACGAAGAGGACUUCUUUAGGAACUCCAGAAUGUUAAGAGAGGGGAUGCUGAAGGCCCACCAGGUGACGACGAAGAACCUGAGCCUGGCUGUGUCUGACUGCUUCUGGAAAAUGGUGCGAGAGUCUGUGGAGCAGCAAGCGGACGCGUUUAAAGCAUCUCGCUUUAACCUGGAGACCGAGUGGAAAAAUAAUUACCCCCGGUUACGAGAGCUGGACAGGAACGAGCUGUAUGAAAAAGCCAAGAACGAGAUCCUGGAUGAGGUGAUCAGCUUGAGUCAAGUCACUCCGAAACACUGGGAGUCCAUCCUGCAGAAGAAGCUGUGGGAACGAGUCUCCACUCACGUCAUUGAGAACAUCUACCUUCCCGCCGCUCAGACCAUGGACUCGGGCACCUUCAACACCACUGUAGAUAUCAAACUGAAGCAGUGGACGGACAAACAGCUGCCCCACAAAGCGCUGGAGGUAGCGUGGGAGACGCUGCAGGAGGAGUUCGCUCGCUUCAUGGCCGAGUACAAAGGGAAAGAUCAGGACGACAUCUUCGACAAGCUGAAGGAAGCGGUGAAGGAGGAGAGCAUUAAGAGGCACAAGUGGAACGAGAGAGCCAUGGACAGUUUGCGAGUGAUCCAGCACAACGCACUGGAGGACCGCUCCAUCACGGACAAACCUCAGUGGGACGCCGCCAUCCACUUCAUGGAGGAGACGCUGCAGUCUCGCCUUAAAGACACUGAGUCAGUGAUAGCCGACAUGGUGGGACCCGACUGGAAGCAGAGAUGGCUAAACUGGAAGAAUCGCACACCGGAACAGCACGUCCGUAACGAAACCAAAAACGAGCUGGAGCGUCUGCUGAAGCUGCACGAGGACCACACGGCGUACCUGGCCAACGACGAGGUCACCACCGUGCGCAAGAACCUGGAGGCCCGGGGAGUAGAGGUGGACCCGGUGCUGAUUAAGGACACGUGGCACCAGCUGUACCGACGUCACUUCCUUCAGAAGGCCUUGUUCCACUGUAACCUCUGUCGACGAGGGUUUCACUACUACCAGAGGCACUUUGUAGAUUCUGAGCUCGAGUGCAACGAUGUGGUCUUGUUCUGGAGAAUUCAGCGGAUGCUGGGCAUCACAGCCAACACUCUCCGCCAGCAGCUCACCAAUACAGAAGUGCGGCGCUUGGAGAAGAACGUGAAGGAGGUGCUGGAGGAUUUCGGCGAGGACAGCGAGAAGAAAGUGCAGCUGAUUACGGGAAGGAGAGUUCAGCUGGCUGAAGACCUCAAAAAAGUACGAGAAAUCCAGGAGAAACUUGAAGCCUUCAUAGAAGCUCUUCACAAGGAGAAGUAGUGCAGCAGAAACUGCAGACGCCAUUAAAGCCCUCGGAGAGAGACGCACUGAUCCAAGAAGACCCAUUCAUUUUGCUGCUUUUUUUCCUGCUUUUAAACUUUGCCACACACACACACACACACACACAUACACACACACAUGUGUAAGCCUGUUUAGGUUCCAUCUCACAACUCACAACUCUGCUUCAUUCUGUCCUGCCGCAGCAUCUGAUCACCAGCGUCUGAUCCGAUCAUCAGACAUGUUAUACAGCACAGACAGGUGAGAAAGACAAACACAGAGACAGGCAGAUAGAUGUACAGAUAGACACACGCACACACACACACACACACACACACACACACAUAUGUACAAAAGUGCACACGGUUGAUAAAAAAUUACAUAAACAUAGACAGACGUACAAACAUACACACACAGACAAAGAUGUACAAAAAUAUACACACACAGAUAGACAGAGAAAUACAAAUGUACACACAGAUAGCUAGACAAACAUGCACACACACACACACUGAUGGACAGGGAGACACACACAGACAGACAGACGUACAAACUUACACUCACACAGGCAGACAGAGACACACAAACAUAAACACACACAGACAGACGUACAAACGUACAUACACUCAACCACAGGUGUGCAAACAUAUGCACACACACAGACAGAGGAACCAAAGCGUGCACUCGCGCACACACACACACACACACACACACACACACACACACACAUACACACAUAGAUAGAUUUACAAAUGGAGACACACAGACAGACAGAUAUAUAUACACACAGACAGACAGACAGAUAGAUAUACACACAGACAGACAGACAGAUACAGACAGAUAGAUAGAUAUAUACACACAGACAGACAGACAGAUAGAUAGAUAGAUAGAUAGAUAGAUAUAUACACACAGACAGACAGACAGACAGAUAGAUAGAUAUAUACACACAGACAGACAGACAGACAGAUAGAUAGAUAGAUAUAUACACACAGACAGACAGACAGAUAGAUAGAUAGAUAGAUAUAUACACACAGACAGAUACAGACAGAUAGAAACACACACACAGACAGACAGAGACAUACAGACAGAUAGAUACAGACAGACAGACAGAUAGAUAGAUACACACAGACAAACAGAUACAGACAGACAGACAGAUAUAUAUAUAUAUAUAUACACACACACACACACACACACACACACACACACACAGAUAGAUACAGACAGACAGCUUUUGUGUGUUGUCUCUUCCCUCAUUUCCCGUAAGUCCGGCUCUCGUACUGUUCUUCUCCUCGUCUUUGCUUCUUUAAUUUGCAGCGCUGUUUAUUACGAGCCCUCGUGCUUCACCUCACACGCUGUUCAUAUCCCAGCUGGAGCGUUCCACAUUUUUCUCUUUAUUUCAGACCUCGUGCACUUUUUGGCCAGCGUUCGCUCCUUGGUUAAUGAGCGAGCGAUCAUUAUUGUGACCUCAGACCCACACUGUAGGUGAAAUAACACCGAGCUGUAACGCUAGUGUGAGGUUCGUGUAAUUAGCAUGUCCUUUAUUUAAAAACAAAAACAAGCACUUAAACACAAGAGUUUCAUGCUUUCUGCAGAAUUUCACACACAGUGUGUCAUUGUGUUAUGAUUCUGUUGUUCAGAAACGUUUCUAAGCCCUUAUUUCUACAACAAUCUCUCUUAACGCGGCGCUUAUGAGAUAAAUUCGCCCUGCUUUACCCGCGUCAUUGCUGUUCUUAUUUUUUUCCCUUCAUUCCCAGCCAUUCUGCACAUUUUUAUAAUCUCUCGCUAACAUUCAUCCUAACUACAUGGAGGAAUAUUAUUUAUUCCAAACACUCUGUAUGUAUAAACAGGUCAAUAUACAUUGUAUACAUGUAGAAGUUUAUGAAAUCAUGGAUCAGCGAUCGCAGCGAGGGGCUCGUAUCACCGUGAUGCUCAUAACACAACUGAAAAUAUCCAGAAACGUUCUGCAGCUCUAACAUUAUUUCUCCUCUGGUGUAGAUUGUAAUGUUUGCAUGUCAUGUUCCAUCGGUUUAUUUAUUAAAUUGGUGUUGAAGGUGAAAUAAAAUGGAUAUUAAUUCAAUGCUUUUUGAUUUGAUUCAUGGAAAUAAAAACGUGAAAAUA